AGUCGUCAGCGUGCUUCGUUGUGUGCAGGUAGUACUGACGCGUGGGGCUAUGGUUGAGAGUUAGUGUUGUCAUCUGUGAGCUUACAGGGCUCUGCCACACGGAGAACCACAGAACAGAUUGUUCCUAUUCCUGUACUCGAGAAGAGGAGGAAGGGUGAAACUCAAAUUUGGAUCAAUGAUGAUAUCAUGUUAGCAGAGAUAAAUGAUGGCAGCUCUGUGCCACCAUUUUGUUCAGAAUGCAUGGAAGAAAGAUCUGUGCUCAAAUUGCUUUAAAUCCAAAGAAGAGCACAGUUCACAUGCGUCUGGUGCAGGUGAAGGCAAGACUCGCUAUCUGGCAACCAUGUACCCUAGCCGCGCCCAUUCUUGGCGGCAGAAUUACACAGCACCUCAGGGUAUCCUGAAGGAUGGGCAGCAGGUUCGCCGAUCAAAAGGUUCUGCCGUACACUUUCCAGCUGAGGAGUCACAGGUGAUUGGAUUUGGAGGGGAUGAGUUCGACCCUUCAGACAGUGAAGAUACCUUUGAGCCUGAAGAGAAUGUCAUAGCAUCAGAUGAUGAUGUUGGUGAUGGUGAAGAGGAUCGUGCCUUGCAGAAACUUACACGUACCAACACUGACUUUAAUACUAUGGCUGCAAAUUUCUCAGUAACAGGCAGCAGUGAAACUAAGCGAACCUAUACUCAGUUGUUACUUGGAAAACCACUCACUGAUGCUGACGGACGUCGUAGGACAUUGCAAGUCUCUGUUACUCCAUUUGGUGGCCGGGAAGAAUCUGAUGCAUCACCUGUGACAAGCAUUCAGAAAAGUCAUCUUGGUAAGCUGUCACCUGAGCAACUGGAUAAGAAUAAGAAAAUCACACAGUCCCCUAGAGGAGAGUAUAAUGAAAUUCAAAAUGAAAAAUCGGGAGAGAUUGUUCUCAAAUCAGUAGUGACAAAUAUCGAAACAAAGCAGGACAAAAUUUUGAGUUCAGAAAUAACACAAAAUGAGAACUCACUGAAACAGGCAGAAAUUGGGACAAAAAAGUCUUUCGUUAAAAGAAAUGGAAUUCCUCAUCAGAACUCAAGAGAUAUUAUUCUUAAAUCACUUGUGAAACAAAGUGAUGCCACUCGGAUACCAGAAAGGACUGCAGCUGGAGCAGGAAAUGAGAACAGUGUGGAAAUUUUACUGUCACAAAACUCAAGUAACAAAGCUAAAGAAGCUGAAGUGACCCGUAAUAAGGUACAUGAGAUGUCCUUGAAGCUGACUUGUGUUAAAAAUGUUAACAAAACAUCAAAGGAAAUUGGAGAAAACACUUCAAAACCAACUGAGAAUGAAGCACCAGAAGGUAAAGUGAGUCGCAUUCCAGUGAUCAAGAGUCGUGUCUCUCCAGAGAAACUGAAAGUUGUAAGUCGAACGUUGGCAUUCAAUGGAAGAUCUGAUCUGUCAAGCAAGCCACAAGAGACUUUACCAAAACCAGCAAUUCGAAGAAGUAGUUACGAGUCUGUGAGGAAACUAGAAGAUACUUCUAAGAAAGAUAGUACAAAUUUGACUGUUAGGAAUAAGGAGGAUAUAUGCAAAGGUAGUGACCAAAACAUCAAGCAAGAAGACAGUGCAAUACACAGCUUCAGAAAAGGGGUUAAUGAAAUCUGUGAAGCCAGUCUCUCAAAUUCAGCCUUAAAAACUGAAAUGCAGCUAGUACAAGAUUUUGAAAAUCUCAUUAAUAGAAGAAAUUCUAAUACAGAGACUGUUUCAAAACAAAGCAACAUAAUAGAUGCUGCUGACGAAGUGAAACACAGUGAAAUGAACUCUACUAAUGCUAUAGUAGAAAUGUACAAUGCAAAGGUAAAACUGAAAGAUUCAGUAGUGACACUAAGUGCUGAUGAAAGCAAAAAUAUUGUUAAUUCUAUCAGAGAACUGGACAAGAAGCCACUUACCAAUCCAUGUAAUGCCGAAAGUGUUUCCAAAGAGAUAUCUACAGGAGGCCAGGUGUCGCUUGUAAAGGAAGAAACUUGUAAUAAUAUGUUAGAUGAGCUUGUAACAGAGAAGGAGGUUAUAAAGGAUACAGCAGUGUUAUCUGUUCGUAAAAUUGAAGGAGAAUCAUCAGUAAAUAAUCCAGUUAAUUUGACAACUAAAUCAGAAGACUUUUUAGAUUCUAAACUAACAAAUAGGACUAUCACAGCAGACACCUUGUUAAAGGGGAAGGAUGUGGAUAUGUUCUGUGUGGAAGAGAGCAGAGAGCUUGCAGGAGAACCAGAUGGCCGGGCAGAUCCUGACGAACUCGCAGAACCUCCUGCUCUUCCUCGUAGCCCCCCUCCAAUCGUUGAUCCUCGGCCCUCUUUUCUUCAUUCCCCCACUCAGGUUAAUGCUUUGAGGAAACCGCAAGGUGACAAGCCAAAAAUACCAGUGAAACCAAGCACCAAGGUUUUGCAGGCAAAUCCAAGAAGACACAUUAUACCCCAGUCACCAAAACUGCCAAAGAAACAGGAGAAAGAACAACAGCAACAAGAAGGACAUCAGGACACAGUCACUGAGCAGCAAGAGCAGGUGUUAGAGGUGUCUACAGUUGAAUGUGAUGUUGUAGAGCAGUUACUACAGCAGCAGCAGCAGCAGCAACAACAACAACAACAGCAGCAGCAACAGCAACAGCAACAGCAACAGCAACAGCAACAGGAGUUAGUUGCUUUGGAAACUGCACGAGCUCACAAGCGACAAGCACCCAAACCACCUAUGGCCCCUGUUGAGGACAUUUCAUGUUCCCUCUUCACUCGCAAUCCAUCUCUUGGUUUAAUCAUAUCAUCUUCCCCUGUUGCUCGGGAGAAAGAGAAGCGAGAACGAGCCUCAUCUUGUAGUCCUAAGCUUCGUAGUGAGAUGGUGAGCCAGUCUCCAAGUGGGGUGAGUUUUAAUCCUGCAUCAUUUCCUGAGCCUGCUCCGCGGAGGUCUCUGUCACUCUCGGUGGAAAGUUUAUCAUCACCAGCACCUGUUGUCACUCCCCCUGAGCAAGAGAAGAAGAAAUCAUCUCAUGGCCGAGCUCGUUUCUCACUCAGAAAGUUCCUACGCUUUGGAGGGAGUAAGGAAGAUAAAAGUGUAGGCAGUGUGGAAGUGCACAGGAAUGAGGAUAUGGGACCCAACUUGCCUGUGCCACGCCCACGGCUCGAGAUCAUACAUCCCUCUGAGCUGAAUGGCUCUAAUGUGGAGGUACUGCGAGGUGAUUCCAGCAAUGUGAGACAGCGUCUAGAUGAUUCAAGCUCAUCGGCUUCCAGUUGCAGUGAGAAUAACAAGGACAGUGAAAUGUCAUCUGACUCUGGAAUUUCACAGUCAGUGAACAGCCCAAACCAAACCUCCUCAGUACGGCCUGCAAAACCACCACCUCCCCCUCGGAACCAGUCUCUGGAUGCAUGGGGUAAGACAAUAGAAGGUUUGAAUAAACCAGCCAGGCCACCACCUCCAAAAUCUGCAGAGCUGUUGUGGCAGCAGAAACAACCAGCUCGACAGAUGCAGGCAGCAGUUCCUGUCAACAACCUGUAUGCCAAUUUAGGCCUCAUUUCAGGUGAGGUCCGAUCUGGUCUAACUCCCAGUAAACCACAACGUACGUCUAGUAUCAGAGAUGCUAACAUGGAAGGAACCAAGAGGACAGUUGCACCACAGACUGAUGACAGUGGCUACGAGUCUGUUGAGCUGAGUGAUGGGAAGCAUGUGUCGGAUGUGACUGAGAAUGUCUAUGAGUGCUUGGCCUCAUCAAGUGAUGGUGAUACCACUGAGGCAAAUACAGUGAAGGCCAUUCGAUACAAUGUCCUGCACCAACGCCGUUCAGAAGGCAGCAUGGACACAUCACCUGACUAUGUCAAGUUCCGUGGCAGCUUCAUGCGUUCCACUUCUCUUCCUUACUGUGGCAGUGAAACAGAGUCAGACAUCUACUCUCCAUACAGCUUCUAUGGCAGUGAAGAUGCUGGAGAUGAUGCAUCUGAAUGGUCCCCUGCUUCAGGACAUUCCUGGAAGACAAACAAGUUGCGUUUAAGAAAGGGUCGAAGUGUGGUACAUAAGAAUUUAGAAGAUAACUAUGGAGCAGUUAUUGUGGCAAAUCAUGAGGCUCUAGCACAAGUUCUUGAGCAGGUGAAUGUUGGGUCGGUGGUACUGCCAGCUCUACGGGGUCUGAAAACUGCUGUGAAUCUACGCUGGUCAGAUUUCACCCUUGUUGAUGAUUCCCGAUCUGUGGUGGCUGGAAGACGUUCAUUCCAUGCAGCCAUGUGGAGUGGGCAUGGUGUUACUCUCAGUCUGGCAGUAGACCAAUGCUUGCAAAACACCAUACCCUCCAGGAGCUGCUUCACUCUCUGUCCUAUCACAGAGUUCAGUGACCUGGUGCCUGCCCACUACCUGCCAGGACAGCCCAAGGACAAGAUGGAUCUUGUGCAAGCAUAUGUGGUGGUGCUGAACCAAAUGCAAGUGGACACCAUACAGACUUAUGGCACAAUGCUACGCAACAAAGCCCCAGAAGAGGGACAGUGGAGAGAUGGAAGCUUUGUGUUGCUGCAGCUUGUAAAUGGGCUAAAGACUCUUCAAGCACAGGGCAUUGAGGAGGCACCCACAUCAUUGUCAAACUUUAUACUGUGCCGUGAGGAACGGGAUCCACAGCCAAGGCUGUGUAUUCUACAAGCACUGGGCACAGGACCUGCAUGUGAGGAAGGGUCCCUCUGCCAAUGUGCAUUGGCAGCCAUGCAGAAUCUCCUCCCUGCUGCUGCUGCUGCUCUCACUCCACUUAUAAGUAACCUGCUAAACCAAGAACGGGCCAUCUCUCUAUCACAGGUGAAGUCAGUGCUCGAGUUUUCUCUGUGGGGUCCUGCAGAUGUGGCAUUUGGAACACCGUCAUCUGACCGGGAACUUGUGCUGCAACGCUGGCUUGACCUUGAGCGGGCCACUGUACUGCAUGGCCUAGUACAUACCCGGGUGGAGCUGACAGCAUUUGAAGAAUGCCAUUUGUUGUUUCUUGUGAGAACUAGUGCCAAGAUGAUGUGUGAGGCAUCAAUUUUAUUGGAUUCAGAUAGCAGCAGUGCUCCAGAGAUGACUAAUUUCUGACCUGUCUUAAGUACUGCAAGCUGUGCCAUCCCUUGUUUCUCACCACUCACCUCUAUCUAGUGUCCCUUACCAUACAUUUACACUAAUUUCCUUGAACUUGUAUCUAUACAUGUUUUAUUGUUCCAUAUAUUUUCUCAGAGAUCAAUUAUGUGGGUGUUAUGAAUACAGUAUUUUAAAAUUGUUCAAAUAUAAUUUUAUACCUAUUCUGAAAAGAAUUUCUCUAUGUUAAAUAACAUAACUUGUCAACAUUUUAUACAUUGAAUAAAAGAUUUAUACACAGAAAGCA